CUGCCAUGGGCUGACUUUGCCCAGUGCCUUUGCUAGCGACUUUUUUUUUGCUUCCUUGGAAGAGGGGACAUGGCCCAAGCGGAGAGGAGCCCCUCGGCUAUAUAUGACUGACUGUCCAUCGUCUGUCUGAGCUUCUCUCUUUUCUUCCCUCAUCAUCUUGCUUUUCCUUCGUGGAUUCGCUUCAUCUUAUAGACCUGGUCGGUAUACAGGUCAUCAAACCUCUUCUUUUAUCGCUUUCGUCGUUGUUGGUUCUCCUUGCGCCCUCGCAUCCCACGCCACACCAAUGUUCAAGUCAUACUCGCACAUCCUAUCCCACAAGCGGAGAAGAAGCAAGAGCAGCGCCGUGCAGAUCCUCUCUGCGGCACAAUCCGAGCCGAGCUCCCCAACCCAGACCGUUAGCGACCCCAUUGAGAUCUGGGCCCACUCGCAGCCCCUCUCCGUCAGUGAAGAGCAGCUGCAGGGCUGCUUCACCACCCUCGUCCCCCGCAUUCACAAGUACGACCAUGUCGCCCAACGCGGCAGUGACCGCUUCGUGCAGGACUUGACUGCCACUCUCAACUCCGAGGAGGGCAAGGAGCCCACCAGCUACCUGUCCUGCCCCGUCGGCAACUACGCCAGCUUCCUCUACCCCGAAUGUUUGCCUGAGCGGCUGGAACUAGUCGCCUACUUGACCGAACUCGGCAGCCUGCAUGAUGCCCAGGGGAAAUUGAACGGACAGACGACGGAUAAGCCCGAGGAGCACGUGGAAUCGCCCCGCGCCGAAGCCAGAAGAAAGCUGCUGGAAAAGGCUGUGGCGGAGAUCACGGAGAAAGAGAUUGAUGGACACGAGAUCAUUGAUAGCUAUCGGAGCAAUUGGCUGGUAACACCCGAGGUUCCCACCGCGGAGAACUGCGCCAACCUCGACGACUACGUGGCCCGCAGACGUCUCAACGCCGGCAUUGAUGUGUACUGGACCUUGAUGGGCUUCGCUCACGGAACCCGCCUGGGCAAGGAAGACCAGGCCAUCGUGAGAGAUGCUCUCGAUGCCGCCGAGCGCACCAUGUUCUUUACCAACGACUACUACAGCUGGUCCAAGGAGAAGCGGGAGUCCAAGAAGCGCCCCGUAGCCAACGUCAUUCUGUUCCUGAUGCAACACCAGAACAUGUCGGAGGAGGAUGCUGUUGCCAAGACGAAGGAGCUCAUCAUUCAGAAUGAGCAAGAAUUUGUCAAGCGUCGGGAGGCACUCUACCAGGCCAACCCGGACCUGGCUCCCAAGCUGCGCAAGUGGAUGGAAGUGCUUGGCUCGUCUCUGGCCGGUAUCCACUACUGGUCUAAGAACACCCCCCGCUAUGCCGUUCCUGACACAGUCGAGGAGAGUGAGGAUGAAGAGGAGGAUGAGGAGGAGAAUGCCUCCACCGCAGAGGACAACUCCGAAGGAGACGCCAACGCUGACGAUGAGGAAGAGGACGAAGAUGAAGAGGAGGAGGAGGAGGAGGAGGAGGAGGAAGAUGAAGAUGAAGAGGAGCGGGGCCAGGAGCAAGAAGCCGAACAUGUGGAGGAAGCGGCUCAGCCCGAGGAGCCCCAAGAUGUGGCCGUCUGGACACCUUUGGUGGAAGAGCCUGCUCCGAUCGUUCAACUCAACACUCUGCCCUUGUUGGCUCCGGCUGGCUACAUGAGAUCUAUUGCCAUCACCGACUUGCAGAGCGAGCUGCUUAGCGCACUCAACGGCUGGCUGCAAGUUCCCAACCGCCCUUUGACCUACAUCAAGCAGAUCAUGAACGAACUGCAGGACUCCACCCACAUGCUGGCGGACAUUCAGGACAAUGCGACCCACCGCAGCCAGCGCACCCCGGCCCACCAGGUCUUUGGCCGGGCUCAGUGCAUGAACAGUGCGGCAUACACCUUCGUGCGCGUGGCCAAGAUCGUCAACAGCCUGAAGUGCCCUGGUAUGCUGGACGGUCUGCUGGAAGAGCUCGAGGCCCGCUUUAUUGGCCAAUCGUGGGACUUGGACUGGCGCACUACCUACCAGUCCCCGUCUGAGCAAGAGUACCUGACCAUGGUGGAUCAGAAGUCAGGCUCCACUUUCCGCUUGCUCGUGCGUCUCAUGCAGGCUGCCAGCAUGGAAGGUUCUUCUCUGGACUUUGAGCCCCUGGCCAAGCUGCUCGGUCGCUGGUACCAGAUCCGCCAUGAAUAUCUCGGCCUGCUCGGCAGCGGCGAGGACCUGGACCAUGGCAAGAUCGUUUACCCGAUCGUGCGGUGCUGCAACUUGGACUCGGCCGCCAAGACGGUCAUCCUGGGUAUUUACCGGCAGAAGGCCGAAAAUGCGCCCUUGUCGACGGAAAGCAAGACCCAGAUCCUGGAUCUGCUGCACCGCACCGGGGCCUUGCAGGCCACAUACGAUCUGAUCCGCCAGCUUGGACGCGAGGUGACCAAGACGGUGACUGAGCUGGAAGCGGCCGCUGAGGAGCUGAACCCCGCCCUCCGGGGUCUGGUGAAGUCCUUGAGCGAGCUGCCCAUCCCGACUUCUCUGUGAGGAAGACUGAUACCCGACGACUAAUGAUGCCCUAAUGACCCCUUUUGUGACUCUUGUUUCUUUCCUAUGUCAACCCUCUCUUUACACAGGCAUGAUCUAUGACUUAUGAUGUUUGUUUGUAAUAUAGAAUGCGCUAUGAGUGAUGAUCGGUUACCAAAAUGUAUAUACGUU